UAUUUUAUUUAUGAAUAAUUUUUAUUUUAGAAAAUUUAAAGGUUAUUUAUCUUAUAUCUGUGUGUUAGGAAGUGGAGAGUGUAUGAGAGGAGGAGAAAGAGUCAAUGACCUAACUGUUUUAGCAGUUAGGAGAGGUGGGAAGUUAGGAUUUGUAUAAAAGGGGAGUUCGGUAUUGUGAAUAGGUUGUUGAGUAAUUUUCUUUGAUAGUUACAGGACCCGUUGUCCUGAGGAGGGGGAUUAGGCUUCCUAGUUACAGAUUGUACAUGUUUUCUUGUUGAAUUGAAUACAUACCCAUUCUUUUUCAGUGUGAAUACUUGUUUGUGAGUGUGUGAGUGUUAGUUCUGGUUAGGUUUCAUACCCAGAAACCUAAUAGUGUGUAUGCACAUUGUUCAAAUGUAAUUUUAUUUUAUCUGUUAUAUUUAUCUUUUUACAUUUGGUACACAGUUUAUGCAUUUAUCUUCCUUUUUAAUUUCUAAUCCUAGGUGGGAUCUCAGUUUUGACUAGCUUGUUCCACAUUGCUUCUAGUGAACCCAUUCACGUCUCAGCUUCAUUUCAGUUCCUCUGAUCUAUGUUCUGUUCAUUAGUACAAGUCUCUGAUUAUUUUCCACUGCCGUGAUGACUUCAAAAUAGCCUCUAAUUGGUGUCCUUUUUCCAUUCAAACAAAUUCGACCUCCUUUUCCUUUAUUUGCAAAUCCAUGUUUUCAAUCUUUUAAUAUCAGUUUAUAUUUUUUUUUUCAUUCCUACGCUCGCAUGCCCUUGGCAGUCAUGUAUUUGCUUUAUGAUUGUUAACUUCUGCUUUUAUAGAUUGUCUUGAACUAAAGAACACCCCUGUUUUUUUUAUAAUGUAUAAUUGUGAAGUAUAAAUUAUUAAAUACUAUGAUUUUGUUUUACAUUUUCUUUUUGUUUUUUGUGUUUGAGAAUUUACGUGAACCGUAUUUUUUAAUUCAUUAUGGAGUUGGUGCAGCUGAGGUUGAAGAAUAUAUUCAUUGGUUUUAAAGUUUUUGUCUUGAAUUUGUUUCAAGCAUUAGGCUUGGCCCUUGAGUGAAGUGAAUUCUUGAACUAUUGGGUUUAUGUUCGCUUACGACCUUCAUUGUGAAAAUGUUCAGCUAUGAUCAGUGCUUAUGUGGUAUUUGGUUUAUUGCCUAAGUUUGUGAGCUGUUGAUAAGGAAAACAACUACCUUGAUUCGAGGUCAAGGCAACCUCCUUGAAAUUAUAGUGAUAAGGGGAGAGAAAUAAUUUUUUCAGCUCCCUUUUUCAUUCAUUCUGCUGAAAUAAAUACAUGUAUUGGUUGCCAAUCAUUGACUGACCGCAUUUGGAGGAAAUAGAAACUAAUAAAGGAAUAUUUCCUUAACAAAACCUAUGAUCAAGUGACACCUCAAAAAGAUAUCUUUAUAAUAUGAUUCUAUCAAAUGUCUUCCUCAAAGCUGAUAAUCCAAAAGAUAUUGUGGUUUCUUACUCUUCUUUUUAGUCAGUGUGGUGCUACUGGGCCCUGUAUGAGUAUUGGCCCUAUUGCUAAGUUGCAAAGCUAGGCCCCUUUUGCUAACAGCUGUCCCUUUUUGCAUCCUGUUUUCUGGUUUGUGUGAUUUUGUGGGUGCAUUCUCUUAGUUUUCACUUUUUGUUUUAUGUGUAAAGGCUAUUAAUUUGACUUUUGGUUGUAAUAUAAGGCCAGUUUCAUGUUUUGGCAUUUAAAUUUGGUAUGUAGCAUGAAAUUUCGUUUCACUGGUAGCUUGGGUUUCAUUUCAUGGGAUUUUUCUUUAUUCUCCAAGUGUGAUUUCUGACAUUGUUCUGUUUUGGUUCUCCUAAGGUUUGAAGCUGUUGCCAUUGGAAAUUAACACUUAUUUUGUGUUAGUGAAAGAAUAGAGUAGAAAAAAAUGAUUAGACGAAGGUUAUCUGUUCUCUCAACGUUAAUCAUCAGAAGCUCAACUCAUAGCAAACCCAUACUCAAAUGCCCAUCUAUCCAAUUUCAAACCUUUCAGCUCCCUCAUUCUCCCAAUGCUCAUCGAACAAUUAGUUGUUAUAAAUUCCCAGAUUUCCAAAGCUUUAGAGCAUACAGUCUUCUGAGCUUGAAUGACUUGAGAGAUAAGGUUCCCAGGAAACAGCCAACAAGGAAGGGGCGUGGGAUUGGGUCUGGAAAGGGUAAGACUGCUGGGAGGGGUCACAAGGGUCAGAGAGCUAGAAAAGGUAUAAAAUUGGGUUUUGAAGGAGGCCAGACCCCUCUUCGAAGAAGAGUACCCAAACGUGGGUUCAAGAACCCAUUUAGCCUCACUUUUCAGCCAAUAGGUUUGGGUAGAAUUGCAAUGUUUAUUAAUGCUGGGAAAAUAGAUUCUUCCGAACUGAUUACAAUGAAAACACUCAAGGAUGCAGGGGUACUUGGGAAGCAAUCCAAAGAUGGAGUGAGAUUGAUGGGGCGUGGUUCAGAGCAGAUCAAGUGGCCAAUUCAUCUAGAGGUAUCAAGGGUUACUGUUAGGGCUAAGGAAGCAGUUGAAGCAGCUGGUGGGUCUGUGAGAAGGGUUUAUUACAAUAAGUUGGGCUUGAGGGCACUGUUGAAGCCUGAGUGGUUUGAAAAGAAAGGAAGAUUGUUGCCUAAAGCAGCUAGACCUCCUCCAAAGCAAAAGGAUAAAGUUGAUAGCAUUGGUCGGUUGCCAGCACCAACAAAGCCAAUUCCAUUUUUAGUUGAAACAACAAAGGAUCUUCCAGUUCAGCCAUUUAGUUAAAUAACUAAUAUGUGGGCACUAUUCUUAAAAAUUGUGAUUCUCUAUGGUGCAAGUCUGGCUCACAAGUUUUGCAGUUCAUGCAAUGCCAGGUUAUUAAUUUAGAAUUAGAUAAAUGAAUUCCUUGAAGACAAAUGGUCAAUUGAAAAGAUUUCUUUAAAGGAUUUGAUAUUUGUCACUCAGUUGAAAAGAGCCUUAGGUUAUUCUCUCUGUGCUGGAAUAGAAUCUUAGCUUCUUCAUUAAGGGUAAUUUCCAAGAACACUCUUCACUGUUUUCUUUUUUCUGGGUAUGGAUGGUGUUUGUCAAACUGACUUAGGUUGUUGAGACGAGGGAGAAUGUUUUGGCAUGAAUUUCUUUUAGUCUGUCUUUUAGUAUUGAUGAGGAAAAGCUGCGUUAUCUACUUGCAGA